GAGUAACUUGUCAACAGACUCACCAACCAUCCAGGCAGAUCAGCAUGCAACUGAAGUCCUUCGACUAUUCCGCGCCAAAUAUGACGCUUUCUACAAGGAAGGCGCGCAAAGUGCAGCCCGUCAGUUAGCCUCUGAAACGGGUGUGUGUAUGUCCCAAAGAGAAGGGUCAAGAUGCCCACUAACAGAAAGAAUUCAAAGACAUGACCCACUUCAGCCAGACGGCAGUUGAGUUCCUAGCCACCUUGAUAUCGUUGCCAGAAUCCAUCAAGUUUAAUGUCAGAGAAGGCCUCGUGAGAUGGAUGUCAGACAUUGUAGAGGGAAGACGCAAAUCCACCACAGUGGUGCCGUUCCUCGAGAUCCUGCUGGCCCCAGAAAAGGGCAGAAACAACGGGGUCGACAGUUUUGACAUCUGGAAGGCAGUGAACAGGCACUUUGGGAACAACAAUACGAAGCUCAUCUUUCCGUUCCUGGGCCUUCCCUCAGAGCUCCGUCUGAUCAUCUACGACCACUACUUCGAGCUCGAAACCGCCAGCGCCAGCAAAAAGCUGAUCGAUCAUGUAGUUCCCCGUGGCGAGAACCGGCUCUCUCUGAUGGCUACCAACCAUCAGAUCUAUACUGAAGCUCGCAAGGUUCUCUAUACGAACUUCGCCUUCGGGCUGAAAAGCGUGCCUCAUCUGCGGCAAUUCUUUAACAAUCUCAGAGGGGACAGCUACCAGAUUAUCCGCAAGUUGCAGGUUGAAGAUGUGUCUGCUGAGCAUGUGAAUGCGCUUGCACAGAUACUAUCAGGCCAUGGAUUGCUGGGCGUUCGGUCUCUUAAGUUGGUAGCAACUCCAAACUAUAUGGGCCCAGCGUCUCUCAGGGCCCAAGUCGGAAGAACGAGAAAGAUCCCUACGUACCCGGUGUUUAAGAAGAAGUUGCGCAUAGCUGUGGACAAGUUGUUCUAUCGCAGUGGUUUUUCAAUUCCUAAGCCGCCCACACUUAUCUUGAUUGAUUUCCGUAAGGAUUCAAGCUGGGAUAUCGCAUUCCCUAAAUAUUGGGCAGUCGUCGUUACUUGGAAGGAAUAGUCUAGCGCUGGAGUGAGAUACUGAGAGUCAGUAGGUCUGUCGUUGUUUCUGUUGGCAUAGCAGCAAUAGGUGUUUUAGGACAGGCCAUUUGGAUUGGCAAGAGUCAUAGUGUACCUUUUGACAGUAGCUACAUCUCAGUUCUGCCUAAAAGUCACAUAGAGUCCAACAGCAUGCUUGUUUUUCUUUAUUUCGUUCGACUUGUGGAGCUGUUCAUAUGAAGAGAUUGACAGACACUCAAUGUAAAGGGGUGCUAGUAGGGAA